AUGGAGUCUCCCAAUGAGAUCAUUCAGUCUAUUGGAAAACGCGCAUCUGGCAAGCUUGGUGAAUUGAAAGAGCUCCGCAUCAUUAACACCACGACGCAGCAAGAUCUCAUGGCCGAAGAGGUUAAGGCCGAAUUUGAGUUCUUGGAUGGCACCAAGACGAAGAUGAAAGAAGAGAAACAGAGUCUCCAGGCGGUGUUAAACACGCUCUCGGAGCACUACAUGUAUCUUCAGAGUCAAUUGGACACGUACAAGAGCUAUUUGCAAAACGUUCGUGAAUCCUCUGAAUUUUAA